AGAAGGAAGCUUCCUGAUCACUUCGAGCUUGUCUCUACCUACCAUCCCGCUAUUCUAUCUUUGCUUGCCUUAUCCAUCUCAUCUCACGUGUACAUUGUGUCUUUUGAUUCUUAGUGCUUCCGAAACCUGCAGAUUGGGUUCGUCCGACAUACCAACUUCACGGCUGAUUCGAAGCUGUCGCCUCAUCCUCUAGCGACAGCGCUGCCAUUUCUCAUCAAUCCAGAACACUCCCCUUCAGACAUGGUUGGACUUGCUUCCGCCGCCGGCCUUGUCGGCUUUCUCUCUGAGUCGGAUCCUGAGUUGCGAGUCUUUGCUUUGAAGACCCUUGACUCCCAAAUCGACCUUCUCUGGACCGAAGUCGUCGACGCCGUACCUCAAAUAGAGGCACUCUACGAAGAUGAGUCGUUCCCGGAGCGCGAGCUUGCCGCCCUAGUCGCCGCCAAGGUGUAUUAUCAUCUUCAGGAAUAUAAUGAGAGCAUGGUAUUUGCACUGGGAGCUGGAAAGCUGUUCAAGUUGGACAGCGGUGGCGAAUUCGAGGAAACAAUCAUCGCCAAGUGUGUUGACACCUUCGUCUCGCUUUCCGCCGCCCAGCGGCCGGCAGCGGGUGACCAACCUGCGAACCUGAACACCUCAUUCCCAACCUCUGGUGAAGGGGCUACCAGUACCUCCGCCAGCCUGACCUCACCCAUCACACCCUUCUCACAAUCCGCGCUGCCGUCCAAGUCCCUCUUAUCCAGACAAGAAGUGCCCGGAGUGGAUGCGGCCUAUCCGGGUGGCGACGACGCAAGCAUCAAGCAAGUUGAGACACCCUUGGUCUUGAAGCGAGGUGUUCAGGGUCAGUUGCAAGCAGUCAUCGAUCGCUUGUUCGAGCAAUGCUUCACUCAGAAGAGGUAUCGUCAGGUCAUUGGAAUCGCCAUCGAAGCUAAGAAUCUUGAUGUCCUACGGAAAACUAUCAUCCGGGCCAGUGAGGAUGAGAAGAAGCAGAACGGUGAAUCGCGACGAAGUGAAGAGCUGAUGGAGUAUGUGCUGGACAUCUGCAUGGGAAUUGUGCAGGAGCGUGGCUUCCGCAAUGACAUCCUUAAGCUUAUUCUCGAUCUCCUUAACGAAAUCCCUGCACCUGACUAUUUUUCGAUUGCCAAGUGUGUGGUAUACCUCAACGAACACUCCAUGGCGUCGGCCAUUCUUCGGCAACUCGUCGACAAGGGCGAUGCCCGAUCACUUGCUGUCGCCUAUCAGAUCUCCUUCGAUCUUUACGACAACGGUACACAGGAGUUCCUUCAGAGAGUUCGCAGCGAGAUUGCCGAGCCCUUGGGGGUGAGCGAGGAGUCUGAAUCGAAGGUGGAAGAGGAACCCAAGGAAUCGGACCCUCUGCUGGACAGCCAAUCCAGAUCCAUCGGCGAGAACAGCGAACAUAUCAAGAUCUCUUCCGAAGCGCGGGCAGCCUACAAAAAUGUUCUCGCUAUCAUCGACGGCAGAAAGACCAUCCAAUUGAACUUGGAGUUCCUGUACCGCAAUAACAAGGCCGACAUUGCUAUCUUGAACAAGGUUCGAGAUAGCCUGGAAGCCCGGAACUCUAUCUUCCACACUGCUGUCACACUCUCAAACGCCUUCAUGCACGCCGGUACCACGCACGACAAAUUCUUCCGAGACAAUCUGGAAUGGUUGGGCAAAGCUGUUAAUUGGUCGAAAUUCACCGCUACUGCGGCACUUGGAGUUAUCCACCGGGGAAAUCUGACCCAGGGUGAGAAGCUUCUGCAGCCCUACCUGCCACGCGAGCACAUCGCUGGUGUUGGAGGUUCAGGAUCCGUCUACAGUCAAGGAGGUUCCUUGUAUGCCUUGGGUCUGAUCUACGCCAACCAUGGUGGCAUGGCUGUGGAUCUUAUCCGUGAUCAUUUCAAGAAGGCUACCGAGGAGGUUGUCCAACACGGUGGUGCUCUGGGUCUCGGUGUUGCGGGGAUGGCAUCCGGCAACGAAUCUAUCUACGAGGAUCUACGGAAUGUUCUCUACACGGACUCUGCCCUCAACGGUGAGGCGGUUGGCCUCGCAAUGGGUCUGGUCAUGUUGGGCACCGGCAACAUGAGAGUGCUAGAGGAUAUGAUUCAGUAUGCUCAUGACACUCAGCACGAGAAAAUUGUCCGUGGUUUGGCCAUGGGUAUGGCCUUGAUCAUGUAUGGGCGUCAAGAGGCCGCCGACGAGUUGAUCAACGGCCUGCUGGGUGAUCCCGAUCCCACUCUCCGUUAUGGUGGUAUCAUGACGAUCGCCCUUGCGUACUGUGGUAGCAGCAGCAACAAGGCCGUCCGUAAACUCCUUCACGUUGCUGUCAGCGACGUCAACGACGAUGUUCGCCGCAUUGCUGUUCUGAGCUUGGGCUUCAUCUUGUUCCGCAAGCACCAGAGUGUUCCUCGUAUGGUGGAGUUGCUGUCUGAAUCCUACAACCCCCACGUUCGUUAUGGCGCUGCCAUGGCUCUUGGUAUCUCCUGUGCGGGCACGGGCUUGGACGAGGCCAUUGAUUUGCUUGAGCCCAUGCUCAAGGACUCGACCGACUUCGUGAGGCAGGGUGCCUUGAUUGCCUUGGCCAUGGUUUUGGUACAACAGAACGAAGCUAUGAACCCUCGUGUGAGCACGCUGCGCAAGACCAUGAUGAAGAUGAUUGGUGAUAGACACGAGGAUGCCAUGGCUAAGUUCGGUUGCGCUGUGGCCCUGGGUAUCAUCGAUGCCGGAGGUCGUAACUGCACCAUCAGCCUGCAAACUCAGACGGGCAACCUUAACAUGCCUGGAAUUGUUGGCGCCGCUGUCUUCACUCAGUACUGGUACUGGUUCCCUCUCACCCACUUCCUGUCUCUCAGCUUCACCCCGACCGCAGUCAUCGGCGUGGACGAUGAAUUGGAAGUUCCCUUGUUCAAGUUCCACAGCAACACGAGGCCCAGCCUCUUCGAUUAUCCUCCGGAACAGCAGGUGAAGACCGAGGAAGCUCCCGAAAAGAUCAAGACUGCUGUUCUAUCGACCACAGCACAAGCCAAGCGCCGGGCUCAGCGUCGGGAGAAGCAGCAGCGCCGGGAGAGCAUGGACAUCGAUCAGACCCCCACCACCCCUAAGGUAUCUGAACCUUUGGCCGAGAAGAUGGAGAUGGAUGAGACCGCUGCCAAGGGCGAAGAUGAAGCCAAGGAUGGGGAGAAGGAGGGCGGUGACAGCCAGAAGAAGAAGGUUGAGCGGGAGAAGGUCGGGUACGAGUUGGAUAACAUGUCGCGUGUCCUUCCAGCUCAGUUGAAAUACCUUACCUUCCCGGAUCCGCGGUACGAGCCCGUCAAACGGCCUACCGGUGGAGUCGUGGUUGUGUUGGACAAGACUCCCGAGGAGCCACGCGAGAGGAUUGAGAUGAAAGCUAGCAAGGAGGUCAAGCAGGCUGCGGCAGCCGAGACGCUACAAGACCGUCUACAGGCGGCGAUGGGGGCGGCUGGUUUUCAAACCCCCCAGCGUGGUGGUGGCCGGGGGUUGGGCUCUGAGAUUGAAGCCAGUGCUGGCGCCUUGGCUGCCGCGGGGGUAUUGACCGCGGUAGACGAAGACGAAGAGGAGGGUGAAGAAGCACCUGUUCCGAACGAAUUCGAAUAUGAGAGCGAUGGAGCUGAAGAGUAAAGCAUCCGGUCGCACAGAUAGACUUCUUUGGCUGGUUGUAUUUCUAGGUUUUAAUUAUGGAAUUUAUGCCCUCUGUGAGAUUAUUCAGCA